AGAAGCAUCGCCUUUAUUCUUACACUCCGCGAAUUAACAUGAAAACCUCAGUUUUAUUCUUCAUCCUCCCUGGAAUUAUAAUAGGUUUAAUUGAUGGAUCUGGUGUGUUACCAGAUGGUCCUCUGAAUGCCUCGGUUGGAGGGACAGUAACGUUCACAACAAACUUGAAUCCAACAGAAACACCAUUUGUAUUUGUCAACUGGCAGUUUGAUCCUGAUUUUAGACCUGAUCACAUAAUUAUAUCACUGACUACUGGAGACACAACUGCACCAGGAUAUGAAGGCAGGAUCACUCUCUUCAGAUCAACUGGAUCUCUGGAACUCAGGAAUCUGGAACUCAGUGACAGUGGAGAUUACAUAGUAUCCAUUCAAGAUGGAAUAAAUCAAAAGAUAGGAAGAACUAAACUGAAUGUUUAUGAACCAGUUUCCAUUGUCAGAGUCCCCCCACUAAGUGCAGACCUGAUUGAGUUCAACAGCUCUGUCAGUCUGUUCUGCUCCUCCUCUGGAUCUUCUCUUUCCUUCCUCUGGAUGAAAGAUAACUCUCAGGUCACAGCCAGCGACAGAGUUCAGAUCUCUACAAAUGAAGAAAACUCCACUCUGACUAUAGUCAAUGUGACCCGAAAUGACCAGGGAUCAUUCACCUGCCAUGUGUCCAAUCCUGCCAGUUCUAUCAUCAGUGAUCCAGUAAACAUCUCUGUUAGUUAUGGUCCGGAUAAUGUACAAAUAGAAGUGUAUCCAUCACAGGAACAUCAUGAGAUUGGGUCAACCAUUAAUCUGACCUGCUCUGCUGACUCAUCACCUUCUGCUGAAUAUCAGUGGUUUCUGAAUGGAGACAAGUUGACCAGUAGCGGUCCAUUGCUCAGACUGAUGAAUAUCCAGAUGAGUCAGAGUGGAAACUACAGCUGUCAGGUCUUUAACAGCAAAACUCUGAGAUAUCAAACAUCUCAACCUUCACCAAUCUCUGUACAUGAGCGAGUCUCUAAUGUAAAGGUUACUCAAGACGUUACCCACUUGAUUGAGUUCAGUGGGUCUGUCAGCUUCUCCUGCUCCUCCUCUGGAUCUUCUCUCUCCUUCCUCUGGAUGAACAGCAGCUCUGAGGUUUCAGUCAGUGACAGAGUUCAGAUCACUAAUAUCACUGAUGGAGGAUCCAAGCUGAAUAUAAUUAAUGUAACACGAUAUGAUGAUGGAUCUUACAGCUGCAAGGUGUCCAAUCCUGUCAGUAAUGACAGCAGUGAUCCUGCAAACGUCUCUGUCAGCUAUGGCCCAGAGAAGAUCAACUUAAAAUUACAAUCUCAGAAAUAUCCAGAAGGGUCAAACAUCCAUCUGUCUUGUUCAGCUGACUCCAGACCUAAUGCCACUUUUGAAUGGUUCUUUAAUGGAAACUUGUCUGGUUCUGGAUCUGAGCUCCAACUCAUCAAUGUUCAGAAGGAUCAGAGUGGAAACUACAGCUGUCGGGCCUUUAACAAUAUAACCUCAAGAUAUCAAACAUCUCAAGUUUCAGCUAUCUCUAUAGUGGAUGCUAGUAAACCUGGAGGUCUCGCUGGUGGUGCCAUUGCUGGAAUAAUAAUUGCAUGUUUGUUAGUUGUUGCUGCAGGAGCUGCUGGAGGCUAUUUCAUCUACAAAAGAAGAGAAAAUGUGAAACCUGCAUCACAUUUAGGCACAACAGAGCAACAACAUGAUUAUGAAAACAUGCCAAGAAUAAAGAAAAGUAAGGAAGAAGGUCAUGUUUAUGAGAAUUUUGCAGCUACACAAAGAAGUAAAGAACCAGAACAUGUGUAUGAGGAAAUGGCACAACCGUGCUACGACUCUACGUAUGCGCUUUCCAACCUCUCCCACAUUCAGUCAGCUAGUCAGCUGCCUCCCGUCCGCCUGCAAGCCCUGUCCUGCAGUCCCCAAUUCAGCUCGCUGGCGCACCUUCCGAUUAUCUUAGCCCUCUUUCAGAACCAAAUGCAGGGAGUGUCCCUCACCUGCCGGCUGCGCUCCUGCGUCCUCUGCCAUCCGCCUGGCUCCCCGUUCCGGCUCACCGUGGUCAGCUGCUACGGCUCACUGGUGCUGUCAACCUGCAGCCAAGCGCUGGUUGUCUCCACGAUCCGCCGUGGCUCCAUUGACGCACGUCGGCUCUUCCUCCUCGUCCCAUCAUGGACUCGAUCCGUUGCCCGAUCUUCUCUACCAGUCCACCUCCAGGAGAAAACCGAAAUCAGAUCACUACGCUCACCUCCGCGUAGCUCAGCUCGCAGCUGGCUCUUCAGCCUCAUCAACCGGGAACUUCGUUACGCCCAUCGGGCGUCGUCUAGCUGGUGGAGACACCCUACGGGCUCUGCGUUGUGUCAUGUUGUAUGUGUGAAGAAUAGGCGCCGCAACUUCUGCCGCCCGUUCAAGGCGUCCCCACAGCUUCCCUCCUUCAGCUCUGUCGCUGGUCCUCCUCAGCCUUCUAGUCUUACAUCAGACCGGAUCUCUCAACCAUACUCGAAGCUCAAAGUUCCAUUUCUGCAGGUGAGCAUCUCGUCAUAUAUGGUGGUGGAGCGUUUCGCCAUUUCUAACAUCUCAUUCUGCCUAGGAGAUCCGGCCGGACCAUCGGUCCUCAGCCCUCGGCUCGACAGCAGCCAUUCCAUCCUCCACAGGUCACCAAGCGUCUAUCAGACUGCAGGCCCCGCCAACGCGCCGCGCCUAACAAGUCUCGCCAGACUGCAGGCCACGACUGGCGCCUAUCAGUUCGGCAGACUGCAGGCCCUACCGACGCCUAUCAAUCCUGCCCUGACCGGCGCCUAUCAGUCUGGCAGAUUGCAGGCCCCGACCGACGCCUAUCAGUCUCGCCUGGCUGCAGGCCUGAACUACGCCUAUCAGUCUCGCCCUGACCGACGCCUAUCAGUCGCGCCGUGCUGCAGGCCGACCUCGCCUAUCAGUCUCGUCAGACUGCAGGCCCUGACAGCGCCUAUCAGUUCGGCAGGCUGCAGGCUAACCGACACCUAUCAAUCUUCCCGUCAGACUGCAGGUCAGUCAGGCCUCGGCCCGGCUCCCUCUUUUGGGGGGAAGACUAUCCGAGCUCGCCGAGCAGACCGCCUGCUCACGGCGAUCCUCGGCUCGAGUCUUCUGCGGGUCCGGCGCCAAAAGAAUUCCGACAGGCAGCCAAAGUCCCAGCAAAAAGACAGGAGAACGGAUUUAUCCCGGGCCGGUUUAUCUGAAGAAGAUGACAAGUUCACAGAUUUUCUCAGUGCAUUAAUUGAAGAGCCAGUACAGGUGGUGGGAGUAAUACCCCAAAGAGUGGACAUAAAUGAGUUUAAUGGUUCCUUGCAUUUGCACUGCUCCUUCAUUGGUAAUGCUACCAAAAUCCAGUGGUUGAAAGGCAGCUCUGACUUCAUUCAGAUCAGUGGUGCAGAACCCAAUCUGACUAUACCCAAUGUGACCCGCGCCGACCAUGGAUCCUACAGGUGUAAUGUGUCUAACUCUGUGAGUUUUGACAUCAGUGAACCAGCAGAAGUCUUCAUUAACUAUGGGCCAGAGGACAUAGAACUGAAGGUCUCUCCAUCAGGACCGCACCACGAAGGAUCAAACGUCCUUCUGACCUGUUCAGUUCAGUCCAGACCUUCUCCUGAGUUUCUGUGGUUUCUGAAUGAAGAUCGUCUGUCUAACACCAAACCAGACCUCAGAUUGAGCAACAUUCAGACAAAUCAAGAUGGAAACUACAGCUGUCAAGCCUUUAACAGGAGAACGCUGAAAACGCAAACGUCUCAACCUUUACUUGUCCCAGUAAUUGAACGCGUCUCCAGUGUUGUGGUGGCAUCAGAUGCCACAGACCUGGUUGAGUUCAACAGCUCUGUCCGUCUCUCCUGCUCUGCAUCUGGGUUUUCUCCUCAUUACUUCUGGAUGAACAACGGGUCUGAAGUGACAUCCAGCGACAGAGUCCAGAUCACUGAUGGAGGAUCCACUCUGACUAUCGCCAAGGUGGCCCGGCCUGAUCUGAACCUACUGAGGUGUCAUGCGUUCAACUACUUCAGUGAGGAAUUCAGUGAUCCAGUUAACAUCUCCAUCUUUUAUGGACCAGAACUAGUCGAACUGACCGUCGUUCCAUCUCAGGAACACUAUAAGGAAGGCUCAGACGUCACGUUGAGCUGCUCAGCUGUUUCCAAUCCUCCUGCAGAGUUUCAGUGGUUAAUUAAUGAAAACCUGCUGCCUCAUUCUGGACCAGAACUCAGACUGAUCAAUGUUGAAGCAAAUCAGACUGGAAACUACAGCUGUCAGGCCUUCAACAAGGAAACUCUGGUUUAUCAAACAUCUCAGCUUUCUGUCAUCUCUGUAGUAGUGGAUUAUGUAGAGUCUGGAGGUCUCUCUGCCGGAGCCAUUGCUGGAAUUGUGAUCGCAUGUUUAGUUGCAGUUGCAGUUGCCAUUGUUGCUGGAAUCUAUUUCCUUUAUAGAAGAAAAAAAAAUGUCAAACCCAAACCUAAAAACGACAAAAAACCUGAGCCUAGUAACCAGCAGGGGGAGCAUCCAUAUCAAAUGGAUGUCACAGACUUAAGACCUGAGCCUAGGAACUGGCAAGCGGAGCGUUCAAAUCAAAUGGCUGUCACAGACACAAGACCUGAGCCUAGCAACAGGUGGGGGGGUCAUUCGCAUCAACCAGGUUAUCCAAACAGAAGAAUCAUGAAACAACACAACCAGCUGGAGGAAGGGGAAUGACUCUGUGUUUUACAUUUAAAUUGACUGUUUGUUUUUUUUAUUAUUGUAUAUUUACUGGUUCUUUUUUCCUGCUGUUAUGUUUAAUAGAUUGAUAAAGAUAAAUAAAAUUUACACACACUAAAGGACUGCCAAUAAUGUGUAUAAAUAGGUAAAUUAUUGUUUUGAAAGCCACAAUAAUGAAAACAUUUCAUAAGUCUUUAAUAAAUCUUAAUUAAGUAUGACAUCAAUACCCUUUGAAAAAAUCUGUCUAUUCAUUUUUAUAUAUACUAAUAGUACUACUACUAUUAACAUAUAAAGUAUAUAUAUAUUAAUAGUGAAUGUAAGCAUGCAUUACUUAUAUUCACAGAGCUUUUUUUUUAAAACAUAAGGGGCUUUGGUUCAGUCUCCAAAAGCACCAAAUUGUCUCUCUCUAGUGGUUAAAAUCCACAUGACGCUCAAUUAGACACUUUUUCACACUUAGAAGUUUGAAAAGAUGCCAGGUGUGGGUGGGAGUGGAGAAUAGAUGUUAAUUUGUUUUUCUCAUGAAUAAGAUAAUGUUUUCAUGGACUUUAUGGAACGUCUGUUUCUUGUUGAAAGCUCUGAAUUUCGCAGUUUUAGAUUUUGAACCAGAAAUAAUCACAGAGAAAAUUAUACAGUUUAUUUCAACACCUUAACCAUUAACCAUCUCUGGCGGAGUUACAUAUAAAUUAUAUUGUAACACAACACUUUGAUUUAAUACACUUCCUACUCACAUUUAAUUUAAUAUUUUUAAAAAGUAUUGAAGUCAGUCAAGCAGCAAAUUAUUGAUUACUUUGUUCAAGCACUUUGCUGGCUACUGGUUGUUGUGUUCAUUUAUUUAACUAUUUAUCAUUUGCUUUUCCUGAUCCUCAAAUAUUAUGCAUAGUCUGUUAUCUGCAGUGAGUUUGAAUAUUGUUGUUUUUUUAUUUUACAGACAAAAAAUAUUGAA